GUGUGUGACAGUGGGGGUGUGUGUCCGUGUAAAGUGAUCGUGGCAAAGCAGAGAGAUGUAGCCGCGGAGCUCGCUGGGACUCUCCGUGGCCACCGUCUGUCACUUUUUCUUGUAAUCAUCUGUUUGACAUUAUCAACGCGCAAUGGGGACGCUCUGCAGCGCUGCUUUAUGAGGAGUCGCAUUGUAUGAAUGAGCCACGAAAUGCGACCGGGGAGAGCUGCCUCUCGGAGGAUAUAUUGCGGCUUCGGAACUGGUUCGUUGGAGUAGCUUGUGCUAGCGCGGGGCUAACGUCUUGUGCUGGCUUCUCGGAGCGUAUCCUGUCAAGAUGCUGCGGUGGAUACGACAGCAGCUGGGCUUUGACCCGCCCCAUCAGAGUGACACCAGGACCAUUUAUGUAGCAAACCGUUUCCCCCAGCAUGGCCAUUACAUACCACAGCGCUUUGCUGACAACAGAAUCAUCUCUUCUAAGUACACAGUUUGGAAUUUUGUCCCUAAGAAUCUGUUUGAGCAGUUCCGGAGGAUAGCUAACUUCUAUUUCCUCAUCAUCUUCCUUGUGCAGUUAAUGAUAGACACUCCAACUUCCCCUGUCACCAGUGGGCUCCCUCUCUUCUUCGUAAUAACCGUUACAGCCAUUAAACAGGGCUAUGAGGACUGGCUGAGACACAAGGCAGACAAUGAGGUGAAUGGAGCUCCAGUGUUUGUGGUUCGCAGUGGAAGUCUGGUACAGACAAGAUCCAAAAAUAUCAGGGUGGGGGACAUUGUUCGUGUAGCUAAAGAUGAGACGUUCCCAGCGGACCUGGUGCUGCUGUCCUCGGAUCGUGCAGAUGGUACCUGUCACAUCACCACAGCCAGUCUUGAUGGAGAGACCAACCUUAAGACCCAUUUUUCUGUGCCAGAGACGUCAGUGUGUCAGUCGGUGUCCCAGCUGGAGGCCUUGCAGGCUGUAGUGGAGUGUCAGCAGCCAGAGGCUGACCUGUACAGAUUUGUAGGACGUAUAACGGUGACUCAGCAUGAAGAGGAGAUUGUCAGACCGCUGGGUCCAGAGAACCUGCUGCUGCGAGGGGCAAGGUUGAAAAAUACCAAAGAGAUUUUUGGUGUGGCAGUUUAUACAGGGAUGGAAUCCAAGAUGGCGCUCAACUAUAAGUGCAAGUCCCAGAAGCGCUCUGCUGUUGAGAAGUCAAUGAAUACCUUCCUGAUUAUCUACCUGGCCAUCUUGCUGUUUGAGGCGAUCCUCAGCACUAUUCUGAAGUAUGCCUGGCAGGCUGAAGACAAAUGGGACGAGCCUUUCUACAAUCAGAAGACUGAACAAGAGAAAAACAGCAGUCGGAUCCUGAAGUUCAUCUCCGACUUCUUGGCAUUCCUAGUGCUCUAUAACUUUAUCAUCCCCAUCUCGCUCUACGUUACUGUGGAGAUGCAGAAGUUUCUGGGUUCCUUUUUCAUUGGCUGGGAUUUAGACCUGUACCAUGAGGAGAGUGACCAGAAAGCUCAGGUCAACACGUCUGACCUCAAUGAAGAGUUGGGGCAGGUCGAGUACGUGUUUACAGACAAGACGGGUACGCUAACAGAAAAUGAAAUGCAGUUCCGUGAGUGUUCAAUAAAUGGCGUCAAGUACCGGGAAAUGAAUGGCAAACUGGUUCCAGAGGGGAUGACGGAUGAUUCACCAGAUGGUUCUUCACCUCACCUGAUGGGUGAGGAGUUAUUAUUCCUCAAGGCCGUGUCACUGUGUCACACUGUUCAGAUCAGCUAUGACCAGCCAGAUUCCCUGCUGGGAGGAGAUCCAUUCUCCCAUGCUAAUGGUUUCUCUUCUAAUAACAUGGAAUACUAUGCCUCCUCACCAGAUGAGAAGGCUUUGGUAGAAGCAACAAAGAGAAUUGGAGUGGCUUUCACAGGCAGCAGCGGAGAUACCAUGGAGAUCCAAACAUUUGGGAAAUCUGAAAAGUAUAAACUGCUUCAUGUGUUAGAGUUUGAUCCAGAUCGUAGGAGGAUGAGCGUCAUACUGCAGACUCCCUGUGGAGGAAAAGUGCUUUUCACCAAGGGUGCUGAGUCUGCCAUCUUGCCUUUCGCCACCAUUGGAGAGAUCGAAAAAACAAGAUUGCAUGUUGAUGAGUUUGCCUUGAAAGGUUUACGUACCCUUGUUGUAGCUUGUCGCCACUUCAGUCCAGAAGAGUACAUUGAUGUGGACAAGUGCUUGACGUCUGCUCGCACAGCUCUGCAGCAGAGGGAGGAGAAGCUACAGGAAGCCUUUGCCUACAUCGAAAGAGAUCUGCAGCUCCUGGGAGCAACUGGGGUAGAAGACAAACUUCAAGACAAAGUUCAGGAGACAAUCGAGGCUUUGCGGCUGGCAGGAAUCAAAGUGUGGGUGUUGACAGGGGACAAACACGAGACAGCGGUCAGUGUCAGCUUGUCAUGUGGCCACUUCCACAGAACUAUGAACAUCUUGGAGCUUCUGCAGCAGCGCUCCGAUAACGAGUGUGCAGAGCAACUCCGCAGACUGGCCCGAAGGUUAAAAGAAGACCACGUUAUUCAGCACGGCUUGGUUGUAGACGGGGCUAGUCUGUCUUUAGCAUUGAGGGAACAUGAGAAGCUCUUUAUGGAAGUGUGUAAAAACUGCUCAGCAGUGCUCUGCUGCCGUAUGGCACCACUGCAGAAAGCCAAGGUGGUCCGCCUACUAAAGACUUCUCCAGAAAAACCAAUAACAUUAGCUAUUGGGGAUGGAGCAAAUGAUGUCAGUAUGAUACAAGAAGCUCAUGUGGGCAUAGGUAUCAUGGGAAAGGAGGGUCGUCAGGCCGUGAGAAACAGUGACUAUGCAAUUGCUAGGUUUAAGUUCUUGGCUAAACUACUGCUGGUCCACGGUCACUUCUACUAUAUUCGAGUAGCUACUCUUGUACAGUACUUUUUCUACAAGAAUGUGUGUUUUAUUACGCCGCAGUUUUUAUACCAGUUCUUCUGCUUGUUUUCACAACAAACUCUGUAUGACAGCGUUUACCUGACGCUGUACAACAUCUGCUUCACCUCGCUGCCCAUCCUUGUGUACAGUCUGUUUGAGCAGCUGGUCCAUCCCGACAUCCUGCAGAGUAAACCUGGCCUGUACAGAGAUAUCAGCAAGAACUCUCUGCUGUCUUUCCGGACGUUCCUAUACUGGACUUUGUUAGGCUUCAGUCACGCCUUUGUCUUUUUCUUUGGGUCCUACAUACUGAUGGGGGAGGACACAACUCUCAUGGGCAACGGACAGAUGUUUGGGAACUGGACGUUUGGAACCCUCGUCUUUACUGUUAUGGUCAUCACUGUCACUUUGAAGCUUGCAUUAGAGACUCAGUUUUGGACCUGGAUGAACCAUUUUGUUACGUGGGGCUCAAUCGCUUUCUAUUUCAUCUUCUCUCUCUUUUACGGAGGCAUUAUCUGGCCGUUCCUGCACACCCAGGACAUGUACUUCGUCUUUGUCCAACUGCUGUCCAGCGGUUCAGCCUGGUUCGCCAUCAUAAUUAUCAUUAUCACCUGCCUCUUUCCUGAUGUGGUGAAGAAGGUCUUCUACAGACAUCUGUGUCCCACCAGCACACAGAAGAGUCAGUCUCUAUCAGCCCCCCAGGCGCAGGCCCUCAGCUGUGUGGAGUCCCUGUGCUGCUACCAGCAUGGGCAAAGCGGCUGUUCCCGCCUGGCCUGCCUCCUGGAGCAAAUGAUGGGACAAUGCAAGGCCAGCGUCAACAAUUGCCACACAUCCAGCCGCAGCAACAGGUCUUGGAGCGACACAGAGAACCUCUACUCCAAUGAUCGCAGCAUCCUGACUCUGUCUCCCAUCGAGGCCAGCCGCUGUUGACUCCCAUGGCCACCAUCUUUCAAACACACAUCCGGUGGAAGAGCGCGCCGCCACUCAGCCUCGAGUCAUAAUCACUCCCCUGACCCCGAACCCCUGGUAACAUUUUAUGAAUAAAGUCAGUGCAUCCUUAGCAGGAAGCAACUACGAAUGGGACACAGCGCCAAAGGGACUCGGCUCUGAGCUGCAGUCGGUUUUACAUCCAUAACCUCUUGUGUCCCUGGGUUCAUCACUUUUAGAAAGGCUGAGACAAGCAUCAGAGGAAAUGAAACGGGUCUGCCUAAUUUGCUGUCUCUGCAGCCGUAGCGCUUCAUGUUGGAAGAUACGAUCAGCACAUGAGCAGGAAAUAUCAGAUUCCAAGACUGCGAGUCCUGUAAAAUGAUCUGAAAACUCUUCAUUGGUUCCUCUGACUGAGAUUUGGUUUUUUGUUGGUUUUUUUUCUCUGAAUCUUAGCCAACUUUCUCUGUUCCAGUUAUAUUUUUUCUACAAAUGUAGAUGUCAGAUGCUGGAGUCAGUCAUGAGUACAGUUUAAAGCUUAGGACUGGGAAAGCUUAGAAAAGCCAAACAGGCUGGAACUGAAGAUCCCGUCGCUUCCAGGAGUCUCUGAGCUGACUGAUCCACUGCUGCACCUUAUAUUCCUGUUCAGACGAAAACACGUCGUGUAGCAUCCAGAGGUUCUGCUAUGACCCGCCGUGCUCUCUGAGCUGAACCUCGAACUUAAACUCUACAGUGGUACCAAAGACCAGAGGAUCAAGGCUGGAGUUUAAGUGUUUAUUUUUGUGCCUGAUUGUACAGAAGCUAAUAUUGUUAGGUAGAGUUAUUUGUUCGUGCUACUUUCCCGUCUCGCUGUUCGGGCCUCUGUCUCCCCAGCGCGUUGCUCUGAAAGAGGCCAGACAUCAAAAAAGCCAUACAUUUAGAAGAGGAGAAUAUAUUACUGACUAUUUAGUGAUGCAACUGCAAAUAAAAGCUGUUGGAGCCUCUUGUUCCCUAAAAAUGCCUUUUCUCCAGCAGCCUGACAACCAAAAACCUCUCAGCAUUAGAACCACAGUGAGGAGGGGUGAUUUUAAAGGUACAAGGCAGAAAAAUAUACACACAAUAACUAUCUGGUGCCUGAGCAAUGCUUCAGUUUUAUUUCUGUUGGACUAAAUUAGGCAUAAGGGUGAAGAGCUUUUGGAAGUCAGGGCUGGUGCUCAUUAAAGUAGACAGAAGAAUGUUUUCAUGUUCAGAAAAUACUUUUAGCAGAAAAGAAAAGCAGAAGGUUUGCACAAAUCACAACGUCACAUCUUGGCUGUCAUUGCUUUAAAAAGUCAUUAUCACCUUUCAGGAAGUCAUUCGAGUCAUGUUUUUGCUGUUCCAUUCUUUUCACCGCAUACGUUUCAGCUGUCCGUCCGUGUGUGUGUAUGUGUGUGUAUGUGUUGAAGUAGCAUCAGUGGCCAUAUGCCUCCUGCAGGUCACACUCUUUAAUGCUUCCUCAAGGUUGCUGACUGAAGUGUAGUGGAGAUUCCCAUCAAGACAAUCGUUUUAAACUGGACACACCUCAGCACAUCCGGGGACUACAUGAAGUUACAGGAAUCAUCGGUUGCUUGGUUAAAAAUGUUCCUCAGCAGCUCAGGACUGAAUACGUCAUCUUCCUGUCUGUUAGUUCCUUGGAUAUUCUUGUUUAUUUUCUGUAAGAUACUCAAGCAGGUGCAACUGAUAGUGGAAGUGUGUAUUUAUUAUAGCCGUAAUUUCUUUUCUGUUUUCUUGCUUAUAAAUGUAUUGCAUCAUUGGUUCAUGGAGUUUAAAGGUAAAUGUCCAGUUAGAAUAAUUAUCCCACUGUUUCUCUAAAGAGUCUACUCAAAUGAUCUUUUAACCAGCCGACCUCAUACUCGCUGAUCUACCAGGAUGGACUUCAUUCUUAUUUUUGGAAAAAGACAAGUUGAUGCUGUUAAAAUAAACUUUUCAGUUGUUUCAUGUUUGUCGUGGAAAGCAGUUCUGCGACGUCUCCUGGAAGUAUUUUUCUGAUUAAUUCUGGACUUGAGAAUAUUUACCUAACAGAGCCAGCUGAGACUGAGUUGCAUCAUGGGUAUUAAGGUAAACAUGACCAAAUUUGGACCACAGACUGCAUAAUGGAAAUAAAAAUGGCUACUAUUAA